AAGCAACUACAAACAGAGAAAAUACCUACCAACCUUUGCACAUAUUUCUGGUGGCUGAAAUUACACCUUUAUGGGCUGGAACUUCGUUUUUCAUGUAAAUACCCACAGCACAGCACAUGUGCGCAAUUUGUAUUGUUGCAUUGAGCCUCCCUCUAGCGGCUUGGUUUAGCAGUGCCUCCCCAGUGCGAGCAGAGCGCUUAAAAAAGAAAAACGGGUCCAAACUACAAAUACCAGCAGCUCUCAGCACAGUGGAGAGAGGACCCAGGACACACCUCCCCGAUUUAUUCUAGCAAAUAUUUCUAACUAUUUUUAUUUUUCAUGUAAUUACAGCCCACGGGAAAGAGCAUUUUGAAACAUUAUCUCUGCAUUUGCCUUUUGUUUUUUUUUCCUUUGGCUGCUGGUUUGUUUUGUUUUAUUUGGUGGGCAGCCCUUUCUACCUCAUAGCUGAGUGACAGUGAAAGAAGGACCCAAACCUUAAUCCUGUUUCGCAGUGGAUUUAGCAGAAAGCAGCUGCAGCAGCCUGGAAACAACCAUGGAAAAGAUCCUGAAGACAGAAUUGAAAACAUCCGUCCUGAAGGCAUUUGGAAGCUCAGGAGGAGGAUACAUUAGCCAAGGCCAAGCCUAUGAAACUGACAGUGGACGAGUAUUUGUUAAAGUCAACCACAAAUCUCAGGCUAGAAAGAUGUUUGAAGGAGAAAUGGCGAGUUUGGAAGCUAUUCAGAAAACCAAUAUUGUGAGAGUGCCUCAGCCUAUCAAAGUGAUUGACCUGCCUGGAGGAGGAGCAAUGUUUGUCAUGGAAUACCUCAAGAUGAAGAGCCUCAAAAGGUACUGUUCAAAGCUUGGAGAGCAGAUGGCAGAUCUCCAUCUUUAUAACCAGAAACUUGGAGAGAAAUUGAGAAAGGAGGGAAACACAAUUGGUAAAGGAGCAGGUCACUCUGAGUCUCAGUACGUGGAUAAAUUUGGAUUCCAUACACCCACUUGCUGUGGUUAUAUAGCCCAGGUGAAUGAAUGGGAGAGUGAUUGGCCUUCCUUUUUUAUUCGCCAUCGACUCCAAGCUCAGAUGGAUUUAAUUGAAAAAGAUUAUGGGGACAGAGAAGCCAGAGAACUUUGGUCACAGCUAAAACUAAAGAUUCCUGAAAUGUUCUGUGACGUAGAAAUCAUUCCUGCUCUGCUGCACGGGGACCUGUGGGCAGGAAAUGUGGCUGAGGACGAUUCUGGGCCAAUUAUCUUUGAUCCUGCUUCCUUCUAUGGCCAUUCAGAAUUUGAACUGGCCAUUGCUGGAAUGUUUGGUGGGUUUAGCAGCUGUUUUUUCUCUGCCUAUCACAGUAAAAUACCCAAAGCUCCAGGAUUUGAGAAACGAAACAAAUUGUAUCAGCUCUUUAAUUACAUAAACCACUGGAACCAUUUUGGGACGGGGUACAGGGGAUCUACCCUAAAUGUAAUGAGAAAACUCCUAAAGUGACCAGGUAAGCUGAGAAAUCCUGAUAGAGUUCCUUAGUAAGAAACAGCCCCUGCUUAUCAGAAGUAAUCCAAACUAGGAAUUAAUGUUGAUGGUCAAAUACCUGAAAGAUAAAAGGCUUAAGUACACUUUUAAGCCUCACUAAACGUUGAGUGACUGUGUAAUUUCUAAUUUACUAGUUUACUAGCACAGAAUCAUACCCUGCUGAAGGAAAGACUGCCUUGUUUGUGAAGACUCCACUAGGUUGGAAAAGUAGCAUGACAGUAAGCUUCACCUAACUCUCCGUAGAGAGUCUCUCUUCACAGCUGCUGUGUUCCAUGGUUGCACAUUUUGGCUCUGCUGCUCCUCUGUCAGCAGCUCAUUAUGGAGGGCUACUGCUGUGGGACUGCAGAGCUGGGAGUAUUGCCUAGUUCCUUGUGUCUCCCCUUUUUUUGUUCUAUUUUUCUGUCUCUCUUUCCAUCCCUUUUCCAAUUUAUAUUUCUGUUGUCUUUUCCAUGUUAAGUGUUCUAAUCCAAAGUUUAACUCCGAUUCUAUGAAUCUGAAAAUGAAAACAUUCUCUUUUUGAUUUAAAGAGUAGCAAGGCCCUUUAGACUACACUUAGCAAGCAUAUAUAAUUAAUAACAUUUUAAAUAUUUAUUUUCAUUUAAUGUAAUUUACUUUUUUUUUUAAUUGCUAUGACAAAUUAAAUUACAGUGGUAUUUUGUAAAAAGGAUGUCUCUGUAAUUGCUUGGUAAUUGCCUGUAUGGUCAGAAAGUGGGUUGUUGCCACACAAGUUUGACAAUGACAUAUCAGUUUUGGUACAAUAUUUUAAUGUGUUAUAUACUAUGAUAGUAACAUAUUUAAAUAACCUUGUAAAAGGACAGCAAAAUGUGGGAGGGAGGUUUAGUGUUUUGGUGACAAGAAAGCAUCUGUUGCUGCUGUGUUGGCUGGUGCUUGAUGGAUUUUCAGUUUUAGAAAACAAUGUACGGUAGGCAAAGCUUGUCUGUUCUGCUGCUGCUGUAUUACUGAAGGAACAAUGUCAAAUAAGAUGACUUUAUCAAGUUUUUUAAUAUUCCUAAUUGCUUUAUUUUUGCAGAAAACAUAGGCAGUGAGAAUUUGGGAGAUGUGCACCAAAGAUGCUGGCAUACAGUGUGAGCUAGAGUAUGUUAGCAAAUCCAUGUGUUUUUUAAUAGAAGAAAGUGGUAAAGAAAGUAAAUGUAAGUACAGUUCAACAAAUGUUUAUGUGAAUCAGAGGAUGUGAGUCACAAUGACUGAACUCACAUAUUUAGGCUUCAGGCAGUUGUCAUGACUAAUGCUUAAACUAUUACGUUCAAAAAUGUUCAAGUAUGUUUAGCCGUUCAUCAGCUUUAAAAUGGCUGUGCUAUAAAGAUUUCAUAAAAUUUAAUGUUAUAUUGUUGUAAUUGACACGAAUGUUUUAAAAAUGCAUUUUGUUCUCUGUAAAUGUAAUACAAAUAGUUAAAAUGUUGUACUUCCUUUGAAUUUGGGCUAUAAUUACGGCAAGUUGUCAUCGUGUGGUUAUACCUCUUAAUACAAUUGUAACAGUGGAAAAGUGGAAUAGUGGAGUUAGAACACAGUUGAAUCUGUAGCUGACAGCUGGAUCUAGGUCUGAGCAAACAGCAAAGUGCAUGCAUACUAGUAUUAAUGUUAACAAAGAUGCAUGUAUUACAUUGGAAAGCACAUGUGAACUUAGGCUCCUGCUCAAAUAAAAGACUUGCCUUGCAGAAGCUAGA